AGGGGAAACCGGAAGUCCUUCGCCGGGAGGUUCCGGGUCUUUUGGGGUACUACGAUGGCGAUGAGUUUCGAGUGGCCGUGGCAGUAUCGCUUCCCGCCCUUCUUUACGUUACAGCCGAACGUGGACACCCGGCAGAAGCAGCUGGCCGCCUGGUGCUCGCUGGUCCUGUCCUUCUGCCGCCUGCACAAACAGUCCAGCAUGACGGUGAUGGAAGCGCAGGAGAGCCCGCUCUUCAACAACGUGAAGCUACAGCGGAAGCUUCCUGUGGAAUCAAUCCAGAUUGUAUUAGAGGAACUGAGGAAGAAAGGGAACCUCGAGUGGUUGGAUAAGAACAAGUCUAGCUUCCUGAUCAUGUGGCGGAGGCCAGAAGAAUGGGGGAAACUCAUCUAUCAGUGGGUUUCCAGGAGUGGCCAGAACAACUCUGUGUUCACCCUGUAUGAACUGACCAAUGGGGAAGACACAGAAGAUGAGGAGUUCCAUGGACUGGAUGAGGCAACCCUACUGCGGGCUCUGCAGGCCCUACAGCAGGAGCACAAGGCUGAGAUCAUCACCAUCAGUGAUGGCCGAGGUGUCAAGUUCUUCUAGCAGAGACCUGUGUCCGUUCACGUCUUACCUCCCACCUUUCUAGGGCUUUCAAAAGGAGACAGAUCCAGUGUCCCUAUAGACAGGAUCUGGGACUCCACCAGACUCAAAAGGGCUCCAGUCGUGAAAGCAGUUGUGAAGGCUGGGACCCAGGGAUGGUUUCUCCCUUACCCCAUACAUCUAUCCCUGGGAUAGGAUGAGACGGAGGCUCCAGGGAGAAAAGAUGUGCUUCUUGCCCUACCUCCUCUUCCAUCCUAGGCUGUCCCUGAGCCAGGGUCUGUAAACCUAACACUUUACAUGUGUUCACACACGUAAGUAUGUACACACAUGCGCCUGCACAAGCUUCUGUCUCCUCCCCCGCCUAUCCCCUGAGCUGCUGUUGCCACCCUUCUCAGGCUGGUGCUGGAUCCUUUCUAGGGGGGGGGGAGUCCCGGCUGCAGGCAGCCUUCCAGGCACUAUAAAGAUAGGAGGCCGGGGAGUGGGCCUGGCAGUGAGAGGCGGGCCCCUACACUGAUUUAUGAUUAAAAUCUCAACUCCCACUGA